CUGACAUGGAUUUUAUGUGUUUCAUUCUCAGCCUGCUGUGAUGAAUCAGGGAACAAUCCGUCCAGCUGCCAACUUUGAUGCCAUGAGAGAUGCAGAAAUUCUCCGUAAAGCAAUGAAGGGGUUUGGGACAGACGAGCAGGCUAUUGUGGAUGUUGUGGCCAACCGAUCCAAUGACCAGAGGCAAAAAAUCAAAGCAGCAUUUAAGACCAUGUAUGGCAAGGAUUUAAUCAAAGAUCUCAAAUCAGAAUUAAGUGGAAACAUGGAAGAACUGAUCCUUGCCCUGUUCAUGCCACCUACCUAUUAUGAUGCCUGGAGUUUACGGAAUGCAAUGCAGGGUGUAGGAACUCAGGAACGUGUCUUAAUCGAGAUUUUAUGCAUAAGAACGAAUCAGGAAAUCCGAGAAAUUGUCAGAUGUUAUCAAUCAGAAUUUGGACGAGAUCUUGAAAAGGAUAUUAGGUCUGAUACAUCAGGACAUUUUGAACGUUUACUUGUAUCCAUGUGCCAGGUGAGUAGAGCAUGGAGUGUUGGUGGAAGGAACUUUUUUCUUAUUGCCUAUUGCCAGUGAGCAUUCUUUAUUCCUUUUACUAUUUAUCCCCCUUGGAAUA